AAGCAUACUACUACCAAGCACCACAAGAAGCCUUUCCAUACCACCACCGUAAAGAAGCAUGUCCCUGCUCCUACUCAUGCUGCUGAGGCUCCUAAGGAUAACAACAAUGCUCAAUCUGGUCAACAAUCUGGUCAGCAAUCUGGUCAACAAGCUGAUAUCAACAAGCGUGGUAACAAGGAUGAUGAACCCAAGCCUAAGCCCAAGCAUACUACUACCAAGCACCACAAGAAGCCUUUGCAUACUACCACUGUUAAGAAGCAUGUCCCUGCUCCUACUCAUGCUGCCGAGGCUCCUAAGGAUAACAACAAUGCUCAAUCCGGUCAACAAUCUGGUCAACAAGCUGAUAUCAACAAGCGUGGUAACAAGGAAGAUGAACCCAAGCCUAAGCCCAAGCAUACUACUACCAAGCACCACAAGAAGCCUUUCCAUACUACCACUGUCAAGAAGCAUGCUCCUGCUCCUACUCGCGCUGCUGAGGCUCCUAAAGAUAGCAACAAUGCUCAAUCUGGUCAACAGUCUGGUCAACAAUCUGGUCAAGCUGAUAACAAUAACCACAACAACUAACUAAAAUAUUUUCCAUCAAAAUCUGUAUAAUCGGCAUUCGUAGACUUGCCUUAGAAUAUGUACCAACAAGCAAACACAAAACCCAAAAAAAAAACAUUAACUAGGCUUUGACUCUUUUUUUCUUGAUCGUUAUAAUCUUUUUUUGAAAUAAAACCUAGUUCCAAAUAAUUUAUAUCUGUCUAUUUAAGUACGCCGAG